GAUGCAGUCCACGCCCACGGCGCCGCAUUGCUCACAUAGCUGCUCACAAGCAAGAACACGACUCAAUUCCAGCAAUGCUGCGAUUACUCGUGCUGUGCUAUGCUGCUCGAAGCGCCUGCGGCUUCGUAACUCCACCCACAACUACAAAGCUGGCACCACUCCGGUCAGGAGGCCCGCCAGUCGUCGAAAGGCCGUCGCCGGACAUACUGUUGAGCGCAAGGGAUGACCAGACCCAACAACUCGGCUUCGCAGCCAUUUGCGGAGGAAUUGCGGUCGGCACCGCCGCCUGCGUGGCCGGUCUCAGCGGGCUGGAGAGCGUGCUGCCGGACGGCUGGUUCGGGGCGUGGCGCGACUACACGUGGCCCCUGCCGCUCGGAGGCAUCUUCGCGGCGGCGGGCGUGGCGCACUUUACGCUUGCCGAUGCGUUUAUAGCUAUCGUGCCGCCGAAAGGCACGUGGGGAGGCCUCUGGCAGGUGCCGGCGCCGGGCGCCGAGGAAUUGAACCUCAGUUACGCGGAGUACCACUGCUACUGGACGGGCGUCGCCGAAUUUCUGGGAGGCGUCGGCCUCGCGGGCGCCGGCCUCGGGCUCCUCCCGCUUCCCGUUCAGCUUCCCGCGUUCGGGCUCUUUUUGCUCGUUGCUGCCGUGACGUAUACUCGCGGCGUCAUGUCACACGGGGCCGCGUCGAUAGCGUCAAGCGAGUGCCCACGCAGGCCUGCAAAUAUCUAUAUGGCGACGCACGAUGCGCGCGGCACAGUGCACAAAUCUCGCGGCGCUCUCUGAAUCGUGCCCUCCACGCCAUCGACGCGACGCCUGCACCCGAUUGACUGGUCGAUUUGCGCACAGGCAAAUGGGCCCCGACGUGCCGCCCAUUCCGUACCCGAACGGGCACAUUGGCCGUGGCGUCGCGCAGUGCGUACUGCUCGCAUUCUUUUGGAAGCUUACGUUUCAAUAACAAGUUACUAUGUAGGGGGCGAGCUAUGGAACCGCG